UGAGUUAAUCUUCAAUUUAAACAUAUUUGAUGGCAUUAUUUUUCUGUGAAAUUUAUUAGCCAAUUGCCUCCAACACAUCCUGAUACCAUUUCGAAUACACUGUUCAUCAUCACCUUAAUGCUUUCCACCAGAAAACCAGUCUAACGUUGAAGGUGUUGCUCCUAAAACGCAUUUGCUGAGAAACCCUCAACAAGAAGGAGUCCGUUUCCUUCGCCUUAGGGCAUCCGCACCAAUGCGUUGUUACAGACAUUUUGACAACCCUCACCAUAACGCAGCAACCCCACUGGUGGUUGCGGUUCAGGUGUGGGAAAUAGUAAUCUGCCUCUCGGUGAAUAGUGAGUUAACAAAUUUGGCAACGCGAUAGCAACCGAGCCAAGUGUUGCUAUUUUCAACAAACGUCAAACAUCUGUUGUGGGUUUCAUUCGCCUUGUGUUCGUUUUUGUGAUUUUGCUCCUAAAUAUUAUCCCGGAAGUGAAUAUAUAUCAUUUAUUCACCAAAAAAUGAACGCGACGAAAAGAGGAUCGAAUUGGACCACAUCCGAAGAUGAAGCAUUGUGCCUUGCGUGGCUGAAUACUUCGCAGGCCGCCAGUAUCGGUAUCAAUCAGUGUGCAAAAACACUAUACGCUCGAGUAUUCGAACAUUUUUUCAAUAAUGGCAGUCGAAAUGAAACACAAGCUGGUAUCUAUCAAAUUGGAUUCUGCAUCACGGCAUGGUCGUCACGUUCUCGGAAUCAACGCACAGUACGAACUCAACGGAAAAUUGGUGAUUCGAACCUUGGGUAUUUUCGUUUGUGUAUAUUUCUUUAUUGCCAACGAAUUAAUGUUGAUCUCUGUUGUAGGAAUGAUUGAAUUAGACCAGAGACAAACUGCUGUGUUUUUGCGUGAUAAAGUAUUGGAAACAUUGCGUGUCUAUGAUUUGAAGUUGGAGUAAAUCUUUAGCAUUACGGUGGACAACGGCAACAACAUGGUUGCUGCCUUAAAAAAAAUUAAAUCUUUGCUGAAUGAGUCCAUUGCAGUAUCGACUUUAUUGUUCGAAGAUGAUGAGAACAUACCACAGGAAAGAGACCUCAUUGAAGAGCUUGAGCUAGAGUGGGAUGCACGGAUAUCCCUUGUUCGGUGCGCGGUUCAUUCCUUCCAACUUGCGAUUGCGGAUAUUUUUGAUAAAGCUGAUCCGAAUCUUAAAUGCAUCACGGAAGUAGUACGUCAUCUACGUCAAAUUAAAUAUAAAUCAUUCGUCGAGGUUCAACAACUUGCCCUCCCUCCGCUCUGGUCACCAACACGUUGGGGCGGUAAAUACAAAAUGUUGUCUAGCAUUUUAAAGCAAGAAGCGAAAUUUGUUGAACUGGGAACUCAGUAUUCUGAAAUGUGUUUGGGCAAGGAUGAUUGGAGAUUUAUCAAAGAUUACGUUGAUGCUACCAGGCCGUUAUAUCACUGUACAAAGGUUAUGCAGGCCGAUCAUUAUCCCUUGUCACAAUUCUACAUCGACUGGUUGGUUGCCAUUCAGGAGGUCAGUAUGCUUAAAGGCAAUCCUUUCUCUAAUGCCCUUGUAUCAACAUGCACAAAUCGAUUGGAACGUCUUCGCAACAACAUGGCAUUUAAGGCAUCUUUAUAUUUGGAUCCGAGGUUGAACUUCCUUGACACUACAGUUUUUGAGUCUACUAAUGAGAAAGCAGAAAUUCAGAAUUUUAUUGCAGAUACUUGGUAACGAAUUCGCUCUCUAAGCCCAGUGGUGUCUUCUGAUGAAAAGGAACACACGAAUGCAUUUGACUUUAACGACAAAGUCGAUGAUAUAUUGACCAAAAUGUUUGGUGGGACAUUCAAUACAAGCUCUGACAAUUCUUCAACUUUUUAUAAUCAAAUAAGAGUUUUGGAUACACAGGAUCGUCAGCCCCAUACUUUCAAUGUGUGGAAACACUGGGUAGCUCGUAAAUAUACCCACCCAGAACUACACUCCGUAGCUAUGGUUGUUUUGGAUACACCAUCCAGUCAGGUAUCGGUUGAAAGAGCGUUCAGUGCAUUGGCGAUAAUCCUUUCUGAUCAGAGAACUGGUUUAGGAGCGGAAACCCUUUCUAAUAUUCUUCUAGUCAAAUUGAACAAGGAUCUUUCAGAUAAGGUUAUGUCAGACCUUUACAUCUGGAACGACACAAUCACAGAGAUGAAUUCAAACAACUAGAUUGCAAGACAGGUUUUAUAUUACUAGAUAUAUGUUAAGGGUUAUUAUAUG